CGUGGGGCGUUCCCCGGGGCUGUGCGUCCUCCUCCGGUCCCCCGGGCCCCCGCCGGCCCUGGCAAUAUGGGGGAUAACACCAGCCCCAUCAGCGUGAUUCUGGUGAGCUCGGGCAGCCGGGGCAAUAAGCUGCUGUUCAGGUACCCCUUCCAGAGAAACCAGGAGCACCCGACGUCCCGGACAAAUAAGCCACAUAGCAGAUAUGCUGUUAACAACACUGGUGACCAUGCUGAUGACCAGGACGGUGACUCCAGCGAGCCAUCUCCUCCAACCGAUGAGCAAUUGGUUGCAGGGUUUUCAGAUGCUAUUCUGGCAACAAUUUUGGCAACCAAGUCUGAGAUGUGUGGCCAAAAAUUUGAACUGAAGAUCGAUAAUGUGCGGUUUGUUGGGCACCCGACACUGUUGCAGCAUGCUCUGGGGCAGGUACGGCCCUCCCUGGCAGGUGUGGACCUUCUUGGGCAGGUCUCCAAAACAGAUCCAUCCCCGAAGAGGGAAGCACCUACCAUGAUUCUUUUCAAUGUGGUAUUUGCGCUGAGGGCCAAUGCUGACCCAUCUGUGAUAAACUGUCUGCAUAACCUGUCCCGGCGCAUCGCCACUGUGCUGCAGCAUGAGGAGCGCCGCUGCCAGUACCUCACCCGAGAGGCCAAGUUGAUCCUUGCACUUCAGGACGAGGUGUCUGCUAUGGCUGAAGCAAAUGAAGGUCCUCAGUCUCCAUUCCAUCACAUCCUGCCCAAAUGCAAGCUGGCCAGAGACCUCAAGGAAGCUUACGACAGCCUGUGUACAUCUGGUGUGGUACGACUCCACAUCAACAGCUGGCUGGAAGUGAGCUUCUGCUUGCCCCACAAGAUCCACUACGCCUCCUCAAGCCUGAUCCCUCCCGAGGCCAUUGAACGGAGCCUGAAAGCCAUCCGCCCAUAUCAUGCCCUGCUGUUGCUCAGUGACGAGAAGUCCCUGCUGAGUGAGCUGCCUGUCGACUGUUCCCCAGCCCUGGUGCGGGUGAUCAAGACCACAUCUGCUGUGAAGAACCUGCAGCAGCUAGCCCAGGAUGCUGACCUGGCCUUGCUGCAGGUUUUCCAGCUUGCAGCUCACCUGGUGUACUGGGGUAAGGCUGUCAUCAUCUACCCACUGUGUGAGAACAAUGUCUACGUGCUGUCUCCCAACGCCAGCGUGUGUUUGUACUCCCCGCUGGCUGAGCAGUUCUCCCGCCAGUUUCCAUCUCAUGACCUGCCAUCCAUCCUUGCCAAGUUCUCCUUGCCCGUCUCCUUGUCGGAGUUCAGGAAUCCUUUGGCUCCCCCUGUGCAGGAGACCCAGCUCAUCCAGAUGGUGGUAUGGAUGCUGCAGCGACGGCUCCUCAUCCAGCUGCACACCUACGUCUGCCUGAUGGCCUCACCAAGUGAAGAGGAGCCCCGUCCACGGGAGGAUGAUGUCCCCUUCACUGCCCGGGUUGGCAGCCGCAGUCUCAGCACGCCCAACGCCCUAAGCUUUGGCUCCCCAACCAGCAGUGACGACAUGACGCUCACUAGCCCCAGCAUGGACAACUCCAGUGCAGAGCUGCUUCCUAGCGGGGACUCACCGCUGAACAAGAGGAUGACAGAGAACCUGCUGGCCAGCCUGUCGGAGCACGAGCGGGCAGCCAUCCUCAGCGUACCUGCAGCCCAGAACCCUGAGGACCUCCGCAUGUUUGCCAGGCUCCUUCACUACUUCCGAGGCCGCCACCACCUGGAGGAGAUCAUGUACAACGAGAACACGCGGCGCUCCCAGCUGCUCAUGCUCUUCGACAAGUUCCGCAGCGUGCUGGUGGUGACCACUCAUGAGGACCCCGUCAUUGCUGUCUUCCAGGCCCUGCUCACGUGAGCCCAGGAGGAUACAGAAGCUGCUGGCAUGUGUGGGAGGGCAUUAAGCUUUCCUGCCCCAGGGCUUCCUCACUACCAGGCCAAGCCCUCUUAUGCCAGAGGCACGGCACAGGUGGAAGGCCAGAAGGGCCCUGUCCUCUGGCUACGGGUGCCUCAGUCUGGUUUAGCAGUAGCUGCGGGGCCACCACUGUGCUCUUACUCUCUCUGGUCCUUCCAACAGUCUUAGCAUCACCGAGCUGUGGGGGACUUCAGGACUUACGUCUCCAGUGAAGUGUGUAUCCUUCCACGCAUACAUGGGCUGUGUGUUUCUUUCCCUCUUCCCAACCCCACCCAUGCUCCCUAUCCCUGGCCCCAUGUGGCCAUCCUGGGAAAUGCACAGAAACACUUGUCUGGUCCACUCCUUCCCCUCUGAUAGCCUUCAGUAUAUGAGGUCCGGCCCAUCCUACGGGGGCCCCCGCAUCCCUCACUGGUGCUGUCGCUGUGCUUCAUUUCGUGUAAGGAGUGAGGAAGUCAGGCCCAGCUAUGCUGGGACAGCUCAUGGCAGGUGGUAGCUCAACCUGCAUGCACUGAUUUGGGGUCCACACAGCCCCUAGGUCUCCCAACCUAGAGGAAGGAACAGCCCACACACACGCUGAUUAACCAGGGGGCACUGGUGGACACAUGGACAGCAGCUCAUAGAAAAAAAGCAUUUAUUUGGCCUUUAAACAGUUAAAAAGCAUAAGCAGGCUAUUUGCUCAGGCCUGUAUGUCCUGCUCAGCAACUUUAUCCACCACACUCAC